CAAAUCCUUUUUAUUUCCUUGAAUUUGGGAUUUUAUCUCGCCUUCAUUCUCCAAUUCGAGUUUUCCUCUUUUCCCAAUCCGAAUUUUGAAAUUGAGAUUUUUGCUCUAAGUAUGUCUUACGCAUAUCUUUUCAAGUACAUCAUUAUCGGCGAUACUGGGGUUGGAAAGUCAUGCCUUCUUUUACAGUUUACUGACAAGCGUUUCCAGCCGGUGCAUGACUUGACUAUUGGAGUUGAAUUUGGGGCUAGGAUGAUUACAAUUGACAACAAGCCCAUUAAGCUUCAAAUAUGGGACACGGCUGGUCAAGAAUCCUUCAGAUCCAUCACAAGGUCUUAUUACAGAGGAGCUGCUGGUGCACUUUUGGUCUAUGACAUCACUAGGAGGGAAACAUUUAAUCACUUGGCUAGCUGGCUAGAAGAUGCAAGGCAGCAUGCAAAUCCAAACAUGACAAUCAUGCUGAUAGGAAACAAAUGUGACCUAGCCCACAGGAGAGCUGUUAGCACAGAAGAAGGAGAACAGUUUGCAAAAGAACAUGGAUUGAUUUUCAUGGAAGCAUCUGCAAAAACUGCUCAAAAUGUGGAGGAGGCAUUUAUUAAAACAGCUGCGACAAUAUACAAGAAGAUCCAAGAUGGAGUUUUUGACGUGUCAAAUGAGUCUUAUGGGAUAAAAGUUGGUUACGGUGGAAUUCCUGGCCCUUCUGGUGGGAGGGAUGGUUCUUCCUCUCAAGCUGGAGGUUGCUGCAGUUGAGAUUUGUUUGUUUUGAUACGUUGUACAAAGGAGCAGAUGGUCAGCUUGUGCUGUGAGAAACGCAUACAUUUUGCUAAGUUGGCAAAUUUGCAAAUAACAGUCAAAUUGUGUUGUAUCCUGGCUUCAUAUUUGUGGUAGUUGAAAUGAAAAUCCAGUGUAAUUAUAGUUUUUCCUCCCUUUCAAAUUUGUGUUAUUAUUUAAACCUAUUGGAUGUGAUGUGGAUCACUGUAAUUGCAAUAGUUACUUGUCUUUCUUUUCCCCUCCUAAAAACCCCCAUUCUCCUCUUCA